CUUCAUUAAUGCAGUCACUGGCACAGCCGGGGCAAUCAGCUAAUACUGUUUAUAAGAGGCGUCACUCUAUCGCCAUAAAUCUACUUCCUUAAUUUGACUUGUCUUACAUUUAACCAUUCUGCGCAGUACAGAUUUGAUGUUGACCACAGCAGACGCUCAGACAAAUUUGCUUCGGUCUCAAGUUGUGUUAACUUGAAUGCUGAGAUGUUUCACAGGCAGAUACUCUGGAUUGUCGCUACUUUUCUACUGAGGAUCUCAGAACAGAGACGUAAGAUAUAUUGGAAAACUAUUUUAAAGAUAUUAGAUUGUUGUAUUUGUUAACAAAAUGGAAUGAAAGACUUUUGUUAACGAAUAGAUCCCUACUAGGGUAUUAUUAUUUACAUGUGUGUCUUAUUAUUUUUAUAUCAGGUUAUUGAAUAAUUCAUGACCAUGUUAACAGAACCCAACUGGCUUCAUUUUAAAAAUGUUCAAAUAUAUUUCAUUUUGUACAUUCUACUCGAGGCUCGUCCCUAUAAACAAACUAUACACAUUCUACACAAGGCUCGCGUAUAUAAAACACUUUGUACAUUCUAUUUGUGACUCGUCUAUAUGGAAGAUUUCGUACAUUUUACACGAGACUAGUCUUCAUUGAACAUUUAGUACAUUCUACACGAGGCAAAUAAUUCUGUACAGUCAGUAGUAUAUAUACAUAUAAAUACAUACCUAUAUAUAUAUAUAAUUUAUAUAUAAUAUGUUUAUAUGCAUAUCAAUUUAAUAGCAACAAUGUACAAUGCAUAUCAAUUUUUUUUUAAACAGUGUGCAUAUGCAUAUCAAUUUAAUAACAACUGUAUAUAUGUAUUUAAAAAUAAUUAAAACACUAUUUUGCAUAUCAAUUAAAUUUCAACAGAAUAUGUGCAUUUCAAUUUAUUUGCAACAGUAAUUCUUCUAUUGCUUUAUCAAAAACAUGGUGUACGCUCAAUGAAUGAUACAACAUCGAAGGAUAAUUUAAUUAUAAAGCAGUUUAUUGAUUUCAUAAGUGAUGAGUGUGCACAUCAUGUUUGCCUUGAAAUGUGUUGCAUUUAUUUUUUGCGAUGAAAAUGGCGCAGUCCUAUCCCGAUGUCGCAUAGUUGUCAAAAAUUCCUUUUGGUGUUUAUUAUUUAUCGCUUCAUCUCUUUAAAACAACCAAACACACGCUUUUGGGGUAUUAAAGGAUCUCACUGUCGCUCCCGUAACCUACUUAUUAAAUGACCAAGCUUUGACCCCCCAGGUGUGUCAUAGGUUUGUCAAGUAGUGGCUAGGCCGUGAAAUUUCGUGCAAGAUAGUUUGCCAAGUCAUUCUGCGUCACCCCAUUAUGCCCUGUGAUAAACUGCAGAAUUACUUUGCCACCAUUGGCAUGGACACUACCUACUAUCUCCAGAAUUGCACUUUCUAUCUUGGUCUCCCACAUUCUCGAGAGCAGAGUGUGGGUUGGUGAAGACCAUGGUUUCGGAGAAAUGUGUCCUCUUCUCUAGGCGUUAGUCGACUCUCUUAAGAGCGACCAGUAUUGCUUCUAACUCGGGAUAGAAGCUUGCUCUUUUUUUUCCACUGGGCCCUGAUAGCUCCUUGAAGCUAUUUUCUUUGCAUAUUAUAUUGUGGCACCGGGACCUCAGCGUUUUUCCCCAACGAAGCAUGAGUCGUCCUUGAAGAUUUUGACCAGCUUGUCUGGGUAGGCUUUAAUCCCCUUUUCAAUGCUUUUGGGUAAUUCUAAGUCUCCCUGGAGACUGUGGACCCUGUCAAUAAAGGAGUGUCUUUUUAAUCUGUUUUAACCAACUUUUCCUAUAACUGAAAGCAAGUUACCUGUCUCUCUGCAUCGCCCUACAGUCGUUAGGAUGGCCUUUCCCCGCCUGUUAUGGAGUGGUUCAAAGUCUGUCUUUGAUGUUUUGCAGGAGCUUUUUGUCGCUCCCUUUACCUGCUUAUUAAAUGACACAGUAAUACCUUGACAGUUGGCUCUUUUAAUUUGCAACCACCUGUGUGUGAAACUGCAUUUUUUUUUCUUACAAUUUGAUGCCAAAACUAAAUUCCAAAACAGAUUAUACUGGAAAAAUAAUAUGAAAUUUUGCACUGGACAAAACGAAACCAAACCUAAACGAAAUAGUUCAGGCAAAGCAAAUGAACCAAAUCCCAUGAAAGAACAUUUGAUGACUAAGUCUUCCCAUUGAUAAAUAAACAAAUGUUUUUCAAUUUUAAAAAAAAAUUAUUAUGAAGGAUCAGCGAGCAUUAAAAAUUAAUUUGAAAAAAAAGCUAUCACGCCAGAUAUCCUUAAAAAAGUUUGAGAACCACUGGAUUAGAGGUAAUAUCUGAACAACUCCAACCCUGUCCAACAGCUUACUCUGUGGGAGCUGUAUGAGAAGUUUUGCUACCACAAAUAUAUAGAGUUAUAAAUUUGAACUAAAAAUAUAAAGACCACAAAAAGCUCAAAUAGUAUUCCUUUAAAUCAGACCAUUGGGCCAUUGAUAUACAAUAAACUAAAUUGUAUAUUCAAAGAUAGUUUUUUUAAGUAUAAAUUAAUUUAUGUCAAUGUGUUUCAGGUAUUUCUGCUUGCAGAAGAUGCAUGUGUUUUAUUGAGCCAGCAAUCAUACCUCCAAGUAAACCAUAUAUUUUUAGUCCACAACACGUUGACCCCGACCUCUGUAGCCACAUAUUUCUAUCUAAUGUGGGACUUGAUGGUAACAAAAUAAAUAUAGCUUCCUGGCAUGCUGACAAGAGACUGGCCAAACUGUAAGAUAAUAAUAUUAUCUCGCUUUUCUAAUUAUAUUUUAAGAUAUCUUUUUAAACAAAACAUUUUGAUAAAUUAAUAUAUAUAUAUAUAUAUAUUUAAACUUGACUGGGUGGCAAUCAUAUAGUCAACCCCACAAUAUAAUGUAACAGACAUAACCCCACGCUGUAAUGUAACACACAUAACCCACGCUGUAAUGUAACACACAGAACCCACGCUGUUUUGUAACAGACAGAACCCACGCUAUAAUGUAACACACAGAACCCCACGCUGUAAUGUAACAGACAACCUUGUGCUUGAGGGUCACUCUUGCAGCUCUAGUAAACCCCAGGUCAAAACCUUACACACCCAUGAAUCAACAGGUUUACACGUAGCACGGCGAUUGACCAAAGCUUUAAAAAACAGAAUUUCUUUCCGGUACGUAGCUAAUUGACUCUAUUUCUUCGCAGCCCUUUCUUAAACAGUGUUGCCCUUUUUUUCAGAACUUUGCAUACAGCAAAUUUAAUUCUUUACACCAGAGCUUAAUUAUUUGACCGGUCUCAUCUGGGUACAUUUUGUAAUGGCUUAAUCUCGGCGGUUUGCAAGAAAAAUUGCAUUUAUAUUUCUUUGCUUGUCUAGAGUACAUAUUUGAUGUCUGAGUAACAGGCGAUUAUUUUUAAGAAGUUUUUUAAUUGAAUGAAUGGGGGGACAUCAUUCAAUGGAUCCGGUAACGGUGACAUCACUAGAAUAAAACAAACAAUUGUAUUAUAUUAGCUCACGUGACAGAAUCAAGGAUCACGUGACAGAAUCAAGGCUCACAUGACAGAAUCAAGUAAAUAUCUCUAUUUUAGGUAUUUUUAGUUAAAUUUCUCCCGAUGUUCUAAUCUCUUAAAUAGAAACAACGUAUGCAAUAUUAUUAUUUUGAGUCAUAUCAUUAUUGUUAAACAUACUGCAAUGCGUUGCAAUUUGAAAUAUACACAGCAUUUGAAACACUAUGCAACUGACGACAUAUCUUAUAUCACUAGGGUUAAACUUACAGCCAUGCACUUAACAAAUACAUUGAAGCAUUGAGUUUAAUCUAAACAGCUAUAUAUAUUAUAUAAGAAUGAGUUAGAGUCACAUAAGACCAAAAGAGUGAUAUGAUUAAAGUACUUCGGAUUCCUUAAAAACAAUCAUAGUUACUUUUUAUUAUUUUACGGAAAUCGAAUAGGCCUAAAUUUACAUGCGCAAAAAAAUAUUAUAUUUUCACUUUCAUUUUAUCAAAAAUUUAAGUAUUAUUAUAAAUUACAAACAUUUUUAAAGUAACAAAUGAUGAAUUAUUUUAAGCAUUGAAGCCAAAGUUUAAAGUUAUGAAAAAAAUUAUUAAUCAAAAUAUUAUGAUCUAAGAAUUGCAUCUUAAUCACAUUUAUUGGGAAAACCCAAAUAACUGCUUUUCUUAGUGUGUAUUUUAGUGCGUUGUUAAUAUUGCGAUAUAAAAAUAUAAGUCAUUUGAUCUAAAUAAUUACGCAAAUGACAUCAUAGCGUGAUUGCCUAUUUUAGCCACAGCUCUAAAUGAGUUUAAUGUUCUAUAAUCGUGUGUGACAAAAUUGAUAAUGUAUUUUCCCCAAAUAAGAAAUAAAAUUAAUACUUAAAAUAGAUUGCUUUUGAAAUUGCUAAAAUUUUCUCAAAUUAAAUAUAACUUUAGCUUGGUAUUUUUAAUAUUUAAAACGUUUUUACUUGUAUUUUUUUUUUAAAUAUACUUUAAUGAAAAUUAAAUAAUUGUGAAAAAACGUUACCUUUUAAAUAUACUUUUAAUACGCAAAUGCCGUUUAAUGGAAUCACUGCAGCGAAACUACAUUUCCAAAUAGCCUUCACUAAUACACUUAUCACUAAUAUAAAUAAGAAAAAAUUCAUUUGGGGACGAGGCGGAGUAAUACGAUAGUUUCAUUAGCUCACAUUAGUGGGUGGGUGGGUGGGUGGGUGGGUGGAUGGAUGGGUGGAUGGAUGGGUGGGUGGAUGGGUGGGUGGAUGGAUGGGUGGAUGGAUGGAUUAAGAAACAUUAAGAAUCAAUUCGAUCUGACUGUGAUCUGGUCUUAUGCAGAUUUUUUGUUUAAAUUUUUCAUUCCUACACUUUCCAUUGUCCUGCUAAGAUUUAAAUUGAAGAGACACAGACCUUUCUGAAGUAAAAAAGAUUUGUGUAAAUGUAUGUAUAUUUUGUUAUACAGCUCUGAACACUUGAAAGACUUAAAACUGAAGAAGCCAAAACUUAAAACUUUGCUAACGGUUGGUGGCGUCUUUCCCGUUUCUGCACUAUUCUCUAAGAUGGCAGCCACUGGAGCGGGACGCAAAGAAUUCAUAAAUUCACUGAUCCCAUUUGUACGAGAACAAGGCUUUGAUGGCGUGGAUUUAGACUGGCUUUAUCCGAAACUCCAUGGAGGCGGACCAGCCGAUAAAGAGACAUAUGUUGACUUAAUUAAGGUGAAUUGAAAGUUGUAUAAUCAAAAUCAAUUUAUGCAAUACAAUAAUGUUUCCCCUCAUGUAGAUUUAUAUCUUUAACCAAAGCUCUGUUUACAAGUUGAAUUUUGAGCACUGUAUCAAACAUGAGUCUUAAUUGCCUCGCCUGAUAAGUAGAGCAGUGAACUUAACUUUUGUGUAGCUAUAUUAUUAUAUUAAACUCUAUGCGGUUUUGUGUAUUCGUGUGAUUGUGUGUUUGUGGCAUUGUUUUACGGUUCAAGACUAGAAAAAGUACUGAACCUGUUGAGGUGAAAGCUUGCAAAGAGGUUCUGUAUAAUGCUGGAAUAAACAAAGAUUAGGUACAUUUUUAUGUCCGACCUCACUGCGACCCACGCUUGCCAAAAUUUCGUUUUUCCUCUUAUAUCAGCCAUACAUAUGGGAACGUGUCAGCAAGAGUGUAGUUAUAUGUCUUGAUACAUCAAAAAGUUAGUAGUAGAAUUAAAAUAGGAGAAUAAACUUAAAAUCAAAUGUAGUACGUGCUGUAUUGACUUGAUUUGUCUCACCAAAUUCUGAGAUAAAUAGGGUGACCAAAAUAAAACAUGGACAUAUAAUCUGCAUUGUAUUGCAUCUCCCCUUAACAAUAUUCCAUUAAUUGACACGCUUUAUUUGCUAUAUUUAUUUUCUAAAAGAUUGCCUCAGUAUAAAUAAUUGCCGCUUGCUCCAUGCAUUGUCUAGAAGAUGGCCACAGCAUUAACACUUGCCCUUUGCUCUAUUCAUACUAUAGGAGAUGGCAACGUCAUUAACAGGCGUUACAUGCUCUAUUUACUAUCUAGGAGAUGACCACGGCAUUGACACGCUUCACUUGUUCUAUUUAUUCUCUAGCAGAUGGCCUCAUCAUUACCACUCUUCACUUACUCUAUUCAAAUUCUAGAAGAUGACCACAUCAUUAACACGCUUCCCCUGCUCUAUUCAUUCUCUAGGAUAUGGUCAUCAUUAACACGCCUCACUAACUCUAUUGACCCGCAUCACUUGCUCUAUUUUUUUCCCUAGGAGAUGGCCACAGCAUUAAAAUGCAUUACUUGCUCUAUUUAUUAUCUAGGAGAUGGCAACAGAAUUCGAAAAUGAAUCUUCAAGCCGUGGCCUCAAAAAAUUAAUGCUCUCUGUUUGGGUUCCAAGGUCAUCUGGGGGUAUUGAUUCGGGAUACAAUGUCACGGAGUUUGCAAGGUACUUAGGAAUUAUAUUAACUAUUAGACUCACAAUAAUAGAUUGCUUAACUGAGUCACUAAUCAUCUCAUAAAGUUACUUGACAAAACAUGCAUUCAAAUAUCGCCCUUCAUAAGAUCUCCAGUGAGUACGUUAACGUCAAUAAACUAUUUAAUAUCAAAAUUUCUCACCGAUUUUUACGCCGCAUUUUUUUGCACCAUUUUCUUUAAAGAAAAGAAAAUAUUCCCCACUAAUCACGCUUGCGGUAUUUGUAAUGAAGAAGGACAUUUAGCGCAGCUACGGGACUUCAUUCAAUGAAAUAAGCGCCAUCUGGUAGCAUUAGUGCCAAUUUUUGCACUGAAAAGGUAUUUUAAGAUAAUUUUUUUCUCAAAGGCAGAUCCUUCUCGAAAACUUCAAAAAACAUUAAAUUUCCCGUGAGAUUUUGACGUCAUUAUUUAAAAUUCUUAAUAUUGAAGUAGAAUUUAGGCCUUCAAUAAAUGCUAGGUUUACAGAAAUUAUCUAAAAGUAAUGGACGUUCAAAAUUGAUAUUGACCCACGGUACUACUUGAGCGAUCUUUGAAAAAUAUAAUUACUUAACUGUUAGUUGAAAUCAAAGCAUAAAUGAGUGAUAAUAAAGACAUAUAAUUUCUAGAGUAAUGAUGGAUACAUUUGUACCCAUAUAAAUCUUUAGUGACGCAAAGCUACGCGGUGACCGAUGGGACACACGUCCCGGGGCGCCAGAUUAGCGGAGGUUGCGCUAAAUAGGUUUUGAUGGCAUCUCAUGUUUGAAAAUAAUGGGUUACGAGUUGACGGCAGGCGGCGUAAAAAUAAAUCUCAUCCCCUGACGACAAGCUCUCUACAUACGCCCCUGCUAGAGGCGUCGGAAUAGGACGAAUGUAUGAUCAAAAUGUGUGGCACUUGCUCUUUAGGUGGGAGAUUUUAUGACAAAAGCAGAGUUUGUAUCAUGCAAGGAGGAUAGCAAAAAUAGGUUGCCAAUCAUGGCGGCAUUAAUAAUAGCUGCGUACCACGAGGCACUGUAUCUAUCGAUCUCAAAAUCGGCGACCAUUUUCAUCGGGAGGUAGGUCGGAACUUAAGGACGCUGGUGAAUCGUGAUGGGUGGAGUGGUCUGUGGAGCUAGAACCCCGGUGGAGUGGUCUGGGGAGCUAGAACCCCGGUGGAGUGGUCUGUGGAGCUAGAACCCCGGUGGAGUGGUCUGUGGAGCUAGAACCCCGGUGGAGUGGUCUGUGGAGCUAGAACCCCGGUGGAGUGGUCUGUGGAGCUAGAACCCCGGUGGAGUGGUCUGGGGAGCUAGAACCCCGGUGGAGUGGUCUGUGGAGCUAGAACCCCAGAGAUUUUAAUAUUUUUUUUCAAAAUCGACAGGUGUAUCUUUUUGGUAUACUUGAAUUUAAUGUAUCUAUUAUAUUUUUUGAACUGGUAUGGACAUUUUUAAAGUUUUGUGGGAGGAAUUAUGGCGGCCCGUGCCAUACAUGCACAAGCUUAUAAUCAACCCCAUACUGUUAAAUUGAUCAGUGUUACAUGAGGGGUGCAGCAAGCAAGGGUGCUAAACAAUGUCGGGAGAUUAAUAAUGCAGGUGUUCAUUUUGGAUCAAAAUUGAAGUUGUUGUUCCUUUUACAUCAUUUAAAGGUGGCGUUUCUAACUGGGAAGUACCAAAUUUAGCAAUAAUAAUGAUAAAAAAACAAGCUAAAUUCAACACCAAUGGGACGUAAACGAAAUUUAUUCAGGUUGUGUAACACUUAAGGGUACGCUUUUGUCUAAAAUUAUUCUCGUCCAUUAAAUUUUUAUUGUCGGCAGUAAAGUAUCAAUUAAAUUCAAAGUACAUAUUGAAUUUUAUUACAAAUCUCCAUUUUGUUUUGCAACAUUAUACACUGACAUGCGAAGACACGGCAGAUAUCCCCGUUUAAAUUUAGGCGUCAGUUAACCUUAGAAACAUCUUGUGCACCUGGAGCCCUUACGACUCCAGAAAGCCUCGCAUAUUUAAUCGGUUUAAAAAUGAUAUCAGGAUAUUUUCUUAAUUAUCAUCUUUCAUUUCAGGGUAGUGAGGUGGGAGGAACAAAAAUGUAUUUGACCCGCUAACCUUGAGCAAUAAAAAAUUAUAUAACUUAAAUUAGAAAGUUGCUUUUAAAAAAAAAAAAAAUUACAUUACAAUUGGGGAAACCUAUUUAAUUAAUAAAUACAUUUUCAAAAAAAAAUUCAAUCAAAUAGGUUUACAUCACUAGAAAGCUCUGCAAACAUUAUUUUAUAUGCUAAUCGCAUAUGGAAAAAAGACUUACUUAUUAUAAUUAGACGACCUCGUCUAAAUAUUCCCAUAUUUUACUUGAGCCAAUAUGAAUAAAACAUAUUAAUAAUAAACUGUUUAUUAGAAAGGUCUCAAUAGUUUUAUGUUGUUGUUUUUUAAAUUGAUAAUUUGUAUAAAUCAUAUAAUAACUACACAACUAUUUUAAGAAGACAUGAAUUGAUUUAAAAAUACAUUAUAUAUUUAAUCAUAUGUGAUGUUAUCUUAUAAAAUUUAUAUUUGAAUAAAGUAGAAAGUUUCUAAUAUAAUUUAUGUUUAAAAUUUGUAAAUUACUAUUUACAUUAGUAAAUUUACUAUAACAUUACUAUAACUUUCCUCAGAUAAGUUACAAAUUGCCUCUUCGCAUUAAUUUUAAAUAUUUUAAACCUAAUCUCCGGAAACUAUUUUAAAUAAAAUCAAGAAUUAAAAAAAAAAAAUGAGUGCAAACUAACUAACACACAUAUUCUGGUGAAGGUCUGGGAUUGCACUCUUAUGACCCCAGCAAGUAAAUUGGCUAUCCACUCCAUUUGAUGCGCUGAACCAUACAACAUUUUCCUCACAAAGGGUCCUCCAACCACCCUGGCUCCCCUCGGGAGAUCUAGUGAGGGAAAUUCGGUCAACAGGUGCCACAGAUUCUCAGGGACCAGGCUGCAAUGUCGGAAGUUAGAAUCCAUAUUGUUGUUUAGCCGCUAGAAAUAUGUGCCUAAGGGGCAGUGUUCGUUGCGCAUCUGCAUCACUAAGCUCUGCUAUCUGCGGCAUAAACCCCAACAUGGGUCUUGUUUGCUAGGAGUCGAAAAGUUUGAAAAGAUGGCUCCGACGGUCGUGUUGUCUGCCCAUUGCCUGUACCAUUUCGUCCUGAAAUGGUCCGCCAGCCAGUUCUUAAAUACCAAAUAUGACAUUGGUACGUCUGGCUGAGGCUGGGCAGCCUCAGUUUUCGCCAGUGUGUCAGCUUUCUCGUUGCCACUAACGUUGACAUGGCCGGGAAUCCAUUGCACUGUGACCUUGCCUCCUAGUUCACUGAGUUUGCACACGUCAUCCAAGAUGACGUCAACUAUAUGAGUGAUGCCUUGUUCCUUUUUCAAUAUCUCAAGAGCAGAUGUCGAGUCCGAGUACACGAUCACAUUGAGCCCCGCAAGAUCCGUCUCUACUAAGGUGUAAUACACUCUCUCUAGGGACUUUAAAUAGCCUCCAGCUCCGCAUCAAAAUUUGAUGCUACAGUUCCACAGAGCCAUGGUAGUCCCCCUGCUAGAUAUAGUAUGAGUGCACCAUACCCAGAAGUCCUCUCUCUCAGAUUGGCAGAGUCAUCUGUGAACACCUUUACAGGUUUCUUGUAAAACACAGCUAUGGUCUCCAGGGCAGACGCUUUCUGUACAUUUUCAGAGCUACUUUUUGUUACCGAUGCUUCGGUCGCGGUCAGAGGUAUGGAGGGAAGUGUGAGUUCCGCAUAUGGCGGAAUGACUGGGAUAGAGGCCAGUCGCUCUCUAUUGUGAGGCAGGUCGAUUGUUCUUUCGAGCUCCAUGACCUAGUGCAUGAAAGAGGAUCGCUUUAGUCUCCUGCCUGCCACACAGUUUGCCUGCAUUUGAAACUCCUUAUUUGUAAUGGUUCUACAUGGGCCAAGACUUCUACAGCAGCUGUGAGAUGAAUCUCAGAGCCUGAUUCUGGAUUCGGCCCAACAUUUCCAUUGCGGUCUUGGUAGCAAAGGCUUGGACUGUCAUGCAGUAAUCCAUCACAGACAUUACACUGCUUAGAAAUAGAGCUCUAAGCGUUCUUGCGCCCGCACCCCAUCUUGUGCAAGGCAAUUUUGUCACCACAUUAAGCUUGGCGGUUGCCUGCGAGCAGAGGUCCUGUAAAUAAAUUAUGCAUAUGCACCUUUUGAUCCAAUUUUAUUCCCAUGUAAACCGUUUUUUUAUCCCAUUUGAACGCUACAUCGCCCACACUGAGCUCAAUCUUCUGUUAGAGAAUGGUCCGCCAGAAUAGACCAUCUUCUCGGUGUUAAUUACCUGGUUCCACCGCCACAUGUACCUGUUGAUAGCAGAAAGGUCUUGUAAUAGCGUUUACAGUCGGUGGACAUCCUUACCAGUGAAUCAGAUGACCAAAUCGUCGACAUACAUAGCGGCACUAGUUAGGAAAUUAAGUGGCAUUUCAUUGAUAAAGGCUAGUAAAGGAGUGCAACUGAGGGCUGACCUUUUCGGGAGGCCUUCCUCAAAGGUUCUUUUCCAUGAGGUUUCGUUGCCACGUUUGGUUUUGAUUUUCCGGUUUGUAAGGAAACCGGCAACUCGCCUGUACUUAUUGGAAGUUACUCCCAUCUUUUGCAACGUCAAGAACAGACUGGACCUCCAAACUCGGUCAUAGGCUUGUCGGAGGUAAAAAAUACAGCCACCCUAUGUGACUUUUUCUGGAGCUUAUCUAUGAAGGACUGGAGAAAGACGGAAGACCUUGCCUACAGGCUUAGUUCCCAUGCGGAAGCCCGCCUAUGCUGGGCCGAGGCUCUCGGUACUCUCCAGGUGCCCGUAGAGCCCCUGUUUAACCAUACUCACGGCGACCUUCCCCAAACACGAUGUUUGGGAAAUUGAACGAUAGCCAGUGGGUUGAUCGAGUUGCUUGUGAGUGCAAACAGAUGGGUCGCUUUGUUCAGAGUUAUGACAUGUAAAAAAGAAAAGCAGGUGGGAAGAUAUUAAUCAUUAAUUAAGAAUUAAUUUUGAAAAGAAUAUAAAAAUAAUAUUAUUUUAUUUAGGGAACUUUGUAACAAAUGUAGCACAUUUAAAUAAAAGAAACACACUUUUGGUUUAGUAAUAAUUAAUGAAACGUGCUAUGUUUGUAUGUACUCUUUAAAUUCUAAAAUAGAAACAAAGCAUGAUGCCAGCAAACAAUUUAUAACCAACACCUAUCCUUAUUUUAAAAGCCAUGAUUUUACGAUGAACUAUAAUUUGAAGAAAAAAAAAGUGUACACACCUUUUUUAUACUUGACAAACUAAUAUCAAAAUUGUAGUCCUUUAUAAAUGUAUUUUAAUACUUUUUUUUUAAAGCAUUAAACAUUGUGGAGAUGCAAAAAAUGAUUCAAUACAAAUACCGAUAUAAGCGAACAACAGGAAGUGACGCUUGAGGGGCCAGUACAAAAUUUAUAACUGAUUAGCUUUAAAUAUACGGAUCACUGAAAUAAUUGAGCAAAGUUAGAUGUUAUAGACUACACCAAUUUAUAUGCCUUUUAAAAUGUUUAAAAAUGACAAUUGUGUGCCUCGUCAAUCUUGCAUUGAAAGAUUAUAAGUAAGAAAAUGUUCACACUAUAUCAUCAGGCUACUAAAAUAUACGAGCUUCGUUGAAUUGUAGAGCUUCUUGAACUCAUACGAUAUAUCUAUUUUUAGUGCCACCUACAUUUUUAGUGCCACCUACAUUUUUAGUGCCAUCUACAUUUUUAGUGCCACCUACAUUUUUAGUGCCACCUACAUUUUAGUGCCACCUACAUUUUUAGUGCCACCUACAUUUUUAGUGCCACCUACAUUUUUAGUGCCACCUACAUUUUUAGUGCCACCUACAUUUUUGAACCAGCAUUUCGUCUGUUGCUCUUCAAUUAAGUUUAGAAAUUUGAAAAAAUAAAUUUUAGAUAUUUGCUAAAAUGCUCUUGAAUUAUGAAUUUAUCAAAACAUUUUACGGGACGAUAACUACGUAAGCAGCGAGAAUAAGCUAGGGAAAAAUACAUACCUUCAAGGACGUCACAAAUUAAAUGAGUUUUGCUCAUGUCCUGCUAGUCCGGUGUUAACCCUAUAACUUCAACAAAACCAUGUUCUAUAGUUUCAUGACAUUUUUAGAAAUGUCAAAAAUUGAUCAAAAAUGAUAAAAUCCCCAAUUCCAAAAAUUGAGGGACCAUUACAGGUGUACAUUUUCUAAAAGUAAAUUAAACAACGUAUUUAAUAAUACUAAAAGAAUGUGUUUUUAUAUUAUGUAUGUUGACAUUGACCUUGACUUUAUAGUGUCACUUACAUUUAAGUUCAAAACUUCUAAAUUUAACCCACUCUAAAUAUAAAUAAAUUGAUCAAGCUAUCAUAAAAUCGUGUUUUGUUUUUUUUUGAUAUAAGGAAAAAAAUGUUCUUUUAAAAAAUUUCAAAUAUAGUAAAUGAUAUGAAAAAUUGUGAUAUUGGUGAAUUUUUUUCAUUUACUAGCUUCAAAUUUAUUUCAUACAAAAUAUACAAGUGGUGGCAAAGACCAGACGAGUGCAACUUUGCUUGAACUGACAAAAGUCUUUCUCAGUAAGCUGAAAUAAAGGAAAAGUUUUGAUAGCCGAAUAUGUUUAUUGCAAUAUUGUGUCAAUUCCAACAUGGUACUUGAUUCUGGUAAUAAAUCUAUGGAUUUCUCUUUACAAAAUGUAAUAUUCUUUACCAGAAUAUCCAGCGAUACAUCAACACACAACAAUUUUCUUAUUGCAGUGUGUUGAUGUAUCCCUGGAUAUUCUGGUCCAUUAUUAUUGUGGACUUCAUUUUUCACAGUGUCAAUAUUUAUACUCUCUCGCUUCCUGUCUUCCUACUUCCGGCGACACCAAUGGAUAAUUCUUGAGUUGUCUACUUUGCUCUGUUCUUUGUUAUAUUUUCAUUUGUACUGUUGGUUGAGGAAGGCUUUAUGCCGAAACGUCCUUGUUUUUUGUCCUGUUAUCUUAUUUCAAGCUUCCACAUACCUCGUUUUACUAUUUCAUUCAUUUAAUAAGCUUGAAAGCACUCCUUUAAUUUAUAUUAACUAAAUUAAAGAACUUGUUAAAUGCAUUGUUGUAUUUUGAAUUUAUCAACUAUUCUCUGGGGAACAGCAUCAAGAUUUUAUAGGUGACGUAAAGCUAAGGAAAAUGUAUACCCCAAGGGCUUCUUCUUCUUCUUUCGCUUCUUCGUCCCCAAGGAACGGCUAGCCGAACUUUAUCAGCGUCUGUGAAUCUUCUUAGGACAUAGGCCGCCUACAAUGGAUAUUGCAGGCAUCUCGUUCCUGAGCCAAUCUCUCUAGCUUCCCCCAAGUGUGGCCAAGUUUCUUGGUGUUUGCUUCCACUUCACGGCGCCAAGAGUUCCUCGGACUGCCUCUUUUCCGGUUUCCUUGAGAGUUUCCAAGGGCACAACCACUGUAAUGAACUUAGUUCAUGUCCGGCUGGUGCGGCGUUAAAGAUGUUGUUGAUAAUUUGUAUGCCUAAUUGUGGCGCUUCCCACAUUAAAGUUUAAAAUGUCAACUUAAAUUGUCUGAAAGAAAUAUUGAAUUUAACUCUACCUAAAAAUGAUUAUAUUGAUUUUCAGAUAAUAAAAAAAAAUUCUGGGGAGAAGGAUCCCAAGACCCCUCUACCGCUGAAGAUUCAUCUUUCUUUUCUUAAUUAUUCCAUUAACUCAUCUUUGACAUAGGACCUCUACAAGAAUUUUUUCCAUUCAUCUCGGUCCUGUACUUUUCUUUAGAGUUACGUCCAUGUGUACUGUAUUGUGUGUGUGCCUUACUCUAGAUCACAUCUCCAUGUAAUCUUUGACCUUCCUCUCUUUCUUUUUCCUUGUGGGUUCCAUUAUAAGGAUUUUUUUGGAAUGUUAUAUGAGAGGGACAUAUUCACAUGUCUGUUUCUUAAGAUGUCUUAACGUCACUUUUGAGAUGGUGUCGGUGGGUCGUCGAGUUCGCACUCAUAAUACCCCCCCCCGGCACUCCCCCAAACGGGCCAAGGCCUCCCCCGAAGCACCAGACCGUGCGGAAGCGCGCCGAGAACUUCCCUCACUGGCCUGAGGGACGUCCGGCAAACCAGAGGGCGCUGUAUUUAAAGCGUCCGUAGUCCGCUCUCCUAUGGGUCAGGACGGCUUUACUUCCUCUCUGGAGAGGUGGUGUUGCGUUACCACUCCCCACCACCCAGGGAGCUGUCUGGUGUGGACGUAGCGGGGACGAAACGGUCACCUAGGGGCGGCUUUCUAAGGGCCGCGUCUUUUUAAUCAUCGACAAGGGUUUGGACGGCCACCCAUUUCCUCAUACCCAUCAACGGCAACAAGUAAUCAUGUUAGCGCUCAACUUCCGUUGCGUGGGAAGUCAUGCGUUUUGCCUGGGUUCUUUUAGCUUCAGGAGGAAAACUCCCCCCUACUAGUCGGGCACGCCACGAAGGGGCAAGAUCCCGUGUAACACCAACGAGAGGCUUGUGGUGCUGGGCUAGGAUUUUCCAGAGGUCCACCCUAACCCACCCGAUGAUGUCUUAACCAAUAGGCUCAUUGUAUGUCCCAUCUAGUAAUUGUUUUUUGGUGAUGAUGGUCAUUUGAUGUUCAGGAUCUUUCUAUGUUCUGUGUUUAUAAACGUCUGUACAUUCUGUUUAAUUCUCGCUAUUGUUUUUCAAGUUUCGAAUCCAUAGAAUUGGACUGUUUUCAAGUUUGUGUUCAAAAUUCUGACUUUUGUUUGAAGCGUAAGCUCCUUCUAAUCAAUAUUUUCCUUAAUAAAACAAAUGCCCUACCUAGCCCUUCCAAUUAUAACCUUGACAUCCUUUUUGGAUCCACAAUUUAAACCAAUUGUGCAGCCUAAGUACGUGAAGGUCUUUUUUUUUCAAGUACAUUUUCUGCCAGAGAAAUAUGCUCUUCACUGGCCGAGUUUACAUUUAUAAUCUUUGUCUUGAUUUUAUUUAUAUUAUUAAAAGUUAAAUUCACCGGCACCUUAGAUUUCUAGCGUACAGCCCAUUGAAAAAGAUCUAUAAAUUUGGUGACAAGAGAUACACUGCCUAAAGACGUAGCUACUAUUAGGGCCACCAUAAGGGCCAAAUAUUUUGCCAUUCUCCCUUUCACAAUAAAAACUGCGCAGUUGUGAGAAAAUACUGCAACUACAUGUAAAGAAAAAAUGAAACCAGGGAGUACGACCUCAUCCCCCUCCUUUCUGCUCAACUGGAAUGACAUGGCUAUAGCGUUCUGCUUGAGAGGACAUGAUUCAUUAUUACCCCCUCCCUUCCCUGAAAAUCGGAAACUAAUUAUUUUCAACCAUUACACACCAUCAUAGCCCAUUUUGAUUUUCCCGCAAUAAGUUUGGCGCCCCGGAAGGUAUUUCCCAUUCGUCACCUUUUGCUUCGCCUCUGGCCCCUGCCCACUGGCAUUGCCCCCCCCCCCUCAACCGAAAAUCCCCCGUUCGAGCAAAAUGACCCAAAGAAACACCAGUGAGCGUAAAACAAGAAAAGGCCCCUGCCCACUGGAAUUGCCCCCCCCCCUCAACCGAAAAUCCCCCGUUCGAGCAAAAUGACCCAAAGAAACACCAGUGAGCGUAAAACAAGAAAACACUGUUGAAGAAAAGUCCAAAAAAAAAAAAUUAACACAUCAAGAACUUUAAAAAAACACCAAAAUUUAAAAAAAAAAAGAGAUUGUAGAUUUGUAGAAGAUUUUUUUUUUGAAAUAUCUAUUCCAAACAGAUAUGUGGAUAUGAUUAAUAUUAUGUCAUUUGUGUACAAUGGUUUUAUGAACUCUCCGAUUGGCCAUGCGUCGCCAUUGGAUUCAAGUGACGGACAAAAUAUAGUAAGUAAAAUAACAUAUAUAAGUAUUCAAACUAAUGAUGUUGUAAAUGUUCUUACUUUUAUUUCUUCUUUAUGUUGUUCUAUGUUUGUACACUGACACAGAUUUUAUGUAAAUGUAAAGCAAAGAUUAUCACUUCAUACGUAUAUAUAUUUUUUAAUAUUACACUAACACAUACAUACAUUAACACAGGCACACACUCAUGAACAUGCUAAAUAUUUUCGUCAAUCACCCCCACCCACCCCAGUGAAUUGAGCCAAAUUCAACAUCCUAGACAAGGAAGUAAACCUCUGUGCGUGGGUCAUGCCAGUAAUGGUAUUUGUGUUUAAAUAAGUGAUUUAACCAUGGACAUUACGAAUAUAUCAGUUGAAAACUUGAUUGAACGUUGUUGACGAAUAAUAAUGAUAAUAAUAAUUAUAACAGAUGUCUAUUACUUCAAUGACAGCUUCAAUAUUCUUUAAAUCUUCAGCCAAUCAAAUUAUCGAAAGCCAUUGUUUUUUUUAAAAAAAGAUUAUAUUUGUACUAUCAGUUUUAUUUUAGUUUUCAUUAGACAACCCCCAAAAAAACAAGUCUUUUCAUAUGAAUCUUUAUGAAAUGUAAUAUCGACUAAUGGGGUUGGGUCUGAAUUAUCAUAUGAAUCCUUUAUGAAAUGUAAUAUCCACUAGUUGGAUUGGGUCUGAAUUAUCAUAUAAAUCCUUUAUGAAAUGUAAUAUCGACUAAUGGGGUUGGGUCUGAAUUUUCAUAUAAAUCCUUUAUGAAAUGUAAUAUCGAAUAAUUUGGUCGGGUCUGAAUUUUCAUAUAAAUCCUUUAUGAAAUGUAAUAUCGACUAAUGGGGUUGGGUCUGAACAAAUGAACGAAACAUGCACACCAUUAGCACAUUUUAUAAGAAUCCAAACCCCCCCCCCCCUUUUUCCUUUUUUUUUAACGCCAAAAUGCGGGCAACCGCAUAUAGAAAUGUAAUAUCGACUAAUGGGGUUGGGUCUGAACAAAUGAACGAAACAAGCACACCAUUAGCACAUUUUAUAAGAAUCCAAACCCCCCCCCCCCCUUUUUCCUUUUUUUUUAACGCCAAAAUGCGGGCAACCGCAUAUCUUUUCUCGCCCUUUAACUACAUUAAAAUUCUAAUAUACCACCAACUUUUAUACCGCAGAUUUCAUUUGUAUUAUUACUAAAUUAAAUCUUAUUAAAUGUAAUUGGUACUAUUUUGGGUCUCGUAUUUUUGUUAAUGUAUUGCGCUAUGGUAUCGUCCUUUGUUAGGCACUGUUUGAACGAGGCAUAAAAUUAAAACAGGAGAUUAAUUUCUCAAUAUAGAUGGAAGCGCGUAAUAGUCACGGAUAAAAAAAAAAUUGCUACCAACUCCGCCUGCUGGACAGAGUUUUAAGUUAUUUUAUUAACAUUCGACUCACCCACCAUACUAAUUCUAAGAGCGUGUCUGAUUAAAGACUCGAAAUAAUUUUUCAAGUGCAGUUUACUUGCCAACGUUUUUUUUUUCGCAUACUGUUAGUAACACGACGACGGUUGUAUAUGACAUUUCAAUUAACUUUAUGAAAUCUUUGUACAUCUCUCUUAACUUUACAGCUCUUAUGUCUGCGAAAUCUAUACAUUUUUAUGAUUUAGCUGUCAAAUUACAAGCAAAAGUCGUAUCCACUUCUGCCCAUCAUAAAACCACAGACAAUUACAGCUUAUUCCUAUGCUCAGUGUGACGAUUUAUUUAUUUUGUAGGGAUUAUCCAGAUUAUUGGCGCUAUAACGGAUACAAAAAUAUAAACCGCACUGACACAAUGAAACCAUUUGCUAGUCACAAUGAGGACAUCAAAAUGGCGCCAUAUGUUAGUGACAAUGAGGACAUCAAUGUGGCACUGUUGUUAUUGGCCAUAAGGAAAUCUAUUUGGUGUCAUUUGAUAUGGCUUUCUUUAUUUUACGAACUAGAUUUUCCAAAGUUAUAUUUCGAAACAUUUGGAAUUUACAAUGUCUACAUGUCCAUGCUAUUGCCUUCCAAACAACAGCAAGGAUAUCACACCAUAGCAAUAUUUUUGCCAUUUUAAAUACAUCAGAUAUAUCAUUUUGUCCAAAAUUGAAUUACUUUAAAUAAAAGGUUAUAGGAAAAUAUUAAAUUAAUAAAAUAUUUAACUCUCGUAUUCCACAACUAAAUAUCAAUUUCCUAAAUACUUGUAUUUUCUUAUACGCUUUAUAUUUUUAUCAUUACAAAAUUGUUAUUUCUCUUUAACACCUUUCCAUUUCUCAUAGAAACAAACUCUCAGAGAUUGGGAGGACAGGGGAAUGCCACGACCAAAAAUGAACAUCGGCAUUGCCGCCUUUGGGUAUAGACUGUCCACAAAAUCUUCCAGUGACAUAAAGAUUGGUGAAAGUAUUGUAAUAGGCACCGCUCUAACAUCUAAUAGUAGAGGACAAGGCUUUUUAACAUAUUAUCAGGUAAGCUACACUAUUUUAUAUUUAUUGGUCUUUAUUUAAAGCUUUGAUUUCACAUGUAUUAAAUAGUUGUUUUUUUUGUGUGUUUUGUUUCUGUGGUUAAUUUUUCAAUGCUCAGUUCACAUGAUCAAAAUAACGUCAAAUUUCUUUUUGAACGCAAUAUGUUGUAACAGAAAAUACUGAGUACAGAAAUUAAACUUUGAGAAUUGGACAAAAUUCUGAAGAAAAUUUUAAUCGCUUGAACUGAGCGUAUGGCAAUACCUCGCUAGGUUAUAUAAUUCCUAGACAGAAUUAGUGCAUAGCUAAUUCUAGCGAACAACUUAGCGAUUCUAAAUUUUUGACUAGCACCUAUAUUUCAUUUAUAAAUUAUUGCACGGUAAAAUAAGUUGAAAAUCACUAAAUGAAAUUUCGCACCUAGAAAGGAGAAACAUUCGAGAAGACGUGACUAUAAGUAUUGCCGUAUCGUGACGAUUUUGUUACUCGAUUAAUAAAGUUAGAGGAACGAGAAACAUUAACGUAAGUUGUUGUUUGUUGUUUUUUCCUCGCCACCUUUAUUUAACAGUUCUUUAUUUUAUAAAGGGUAUUAAAAAUAAAAUUUACAUUGAUCUCAAAGAGUUUCUUAACAAUAUCCCAAGUAUGUUUUCUUUAAUCUCACACAUGUCAGAGUCUGAUGGAAUUAAUCUGUUUUUCUUUUUUAUUUUUUUAAAAUGUAAGAAUUGUAUAAUAAUAUCAAAAAUCAAUUUAAUAUUUAAUUUCAACAUUGAAGACUUUUAAGUUUUCUUAAUGUGAGAGUACACUCUAAGAAAUAUAUCAUAUAAGUAUCCCCCUCAAAGGUUAACUUAGAGGAAAUUAGCUACCAGUAUUUUAUCGUAUAAAGUUGGGCUACAGGACAAGUUAUCGUUACAGGCUAAUUGUGAUUUACCAAUAACAAGCUGCUUUAUUUCAGGAUACCGUUAACGAUAUCAAACGAUAAAUUACAGUUAUUUUUUUUAUUAAUUAUCAAACAUGAUACAAAAUAAAAUUAGAAUUAUAUUACAAAAGUAAUCGAAAGCAUUCUCUCAGAUGGGAUGCUCUGAGUACGCUUACAUUAUAUAUACAAGUUAAGAAAUUAAUCAAUGUUGAUGAUAGGUAAUGCAUGAAAGUAAAAUAAUUACUGUUUCAAUCUAACAACCCAAGUUACCAGAAUAACGGUAAUUCUCCACUUCUUAAGUACAGUGACGGUAUAUAUGAUAAAUCAUUUAAAUCUAUAUCCCCUUUUCAAGCAGUAUGAUCUUAAAAUGUAAUGAGAAAAAAUCCCCAAUGUAGAAUUUAAAUUAAAAAAUCACUUUAACAUAACUAAAAACAAAAAAUGAAUUAUAAUAUUAACUCAAAUGAAAUUAAACAAUAAAUUUAUUUUAAAAAAUCGCUUUUAAAUCUUUACCUUGAUAGGUCUUGAUGCAAGUUUAAUACGCAUCGUAAUAGCAUAUGCGUCAUCAAAUAUCUACAUAUAUAACUUUUCUACAGAACAAUAAGGCAUUGAAAUUUCAUUAUUAACUCAUAUGCUAAAUUUUUAAAUGUAUCGUAAAAGAUAAAUAUUGUUAUGUUAAGUUUAAAUAAAUUAUGAAUGGGUUUUAAUUUAGGAUUUUAAAAAGCCAUUUAUUGUAAUCUAUCUAUAUAUAUAUAUAUAAACAUGAAUGUGUGUAAGUAUAUUUGAAUGUCUCGUAUUCGCUCCUACACCAUUCAUACGAUUGCGUCAAAACUUUAGUGAGUUGUUGUCCACAUAACCGGCCAUUUAACUGAGUCAUUACAACCCUUAAAAAAAUGUUCCGUUUUCAGCCGUUGGCCCUUAAUCCUUUUUUUUCCUUAAAUGAGCUUUAUAAUUUUUUUUUUCCAUAUGCCCUCCUACUCCAUUUAUCCGAUAAAACUUUGGUUAGAUGUUGCAAGCAUGCCCGUAAACGUUUCUAAGUUAUUACAACCGUUUCAAAAUAUUAAGAUUUGAGCCAGGGGCCCUAUGUUCGUUUUUCCUUAUAGAACUAUAUAAAUAUAACUUCAAACCGUGUGCGCUCCUACACCAUUAAUGCGAUUGCAUUAAAACUUUGAUGAGCUUUUGUCCAUAAAAUCGCACAUUUUCUUGGUUAUUUAAAGACUUUAAAGAUAUUCCGUAUUUGGCCGUUGGCCCUUAAUUCGAUUUUUUCUAAUAUGAGCUUUUAAAAAAUAAUUUCCGUAUGCGCUCAUACGCAAUUUAUCCGAUUGCAAAAAAUUUGGUGAGAUUUGCGAGCACGGCCGCAAAGGUUUCUAAAUUUUUACCAUUAUUUUAAAAUAUUCCGUUUUGAGCCAGGGGCCCUAUGUUCGUUUUUUUUUCUUAUAUGAACUAUAUAAAUAUAUUUUCAAAGCGAAUGCGCUUUGAAAAAAAAAAAAAAUUCCAUAUGCGCUCCUGUACUAUUUUUUAGAAUGCAAUAAAACUUUAGUGAGAUGUUGUGCAAUUGCCCACAAAGUUUCUUAAAUUAUUAAAACCGUUUUAAAAUAUUCAGUUUUGAUCCAGGGGCCCUAUGUUCGUUUGUUUAUAUUAUAAAUAUAAUUUUAAACCGUGUGCGCUCCUACACCAUUCAAGCGAUUGUGAUAAAUUUGAGGUGAUUUGUUGUCCACAAGCUUGAACAUUUUUCUAAGUCAUUAAUACCCUUCUAAAAUAUUACGUUUUCGGCAAGUGGCCCCAAAUUCUUUUUUUCCCCUUAUACAAGCUUCUUUAAAAAAAACUUAUUCCGUAUGCACUCCUCUACCGAGGUUUUCAUGCAAAAAGAUGGGAGAUUCUAACGUGUGAACAUUAUUUACGUUGGGAAUGUUGUAAAUUAAUUAAAUCAAAUACAAACAGCUAUUUUUCAUUUUGUGUGUGACCUAACAAGUUGUGUUAAUUGUGAAAUAUCAUUACUAUUAACAGAGAUCACAUGCAUUUUUAAUACUAAUCACAAAGCAAUAAUUUCGCUAUCAAAUCAAUUAUGCCAGCCAAACGAAGAGCUAAUGGUUUUUCUACACCUAAAGCACGAAAGAAGAAACCAUCAAAAGCAUCGGAAACAUUUGAACAAUGAGAAGCAAGACUGCAAACCGUUCGAGUAUGCAAUGCUCAAACACGUUCAUCUUAAACAUUCGAGCAAAGAUAAGCAUGACAGGUAACCGCUCAAGUACGCAUUGCUCAAACCUGUCCAUCUAAAACAGUCGAUCAACUGGAAUCAAGACGCGAAACCACACGAGUAAGCAAUGCUGAAACCCUUUUGAAUGAAACAGUCGAGCAGCGAGAAACAAGACAACAUUCAAAAGGAGUACGCACUGCUCGAUCCAGACGAACACUGCACGCUGAAUUAAAUCUUAGUGCAUUCUAUUACGAUACUAAUUAUGAUUACAGUCUUCAUCCAAGUAUGGUUAUUGUAAAAAGAAAUCAAUUAUGCGUGUAUUGCAGUGCCCUCAAAUUUAAGAAUGAAACACCGGGAAUUUGCUGCGCGGGGGGGGGGGAGUGAAAUUGCAAGAAUUACAUUCACCACCGGAACCAUUUUCAACGUUGGUUUCAGGUGAUACACGCUAAUCGAAACAUUUCUUGGCAAACAUACUCAAGUACAAUUCAUGUUUCCAAAUGGCAUCGUUCGGUGCAACAAAUAUCGUGCGCAAGAAUUAUAUCCCAUAAUUUAAGGUGCAAGGCUAAAAAUAUAAAGGUUAAAAGAUUUCCUAAAAAAUUUCUUUGUUUCGUUCCAUUUACUUCUUUUUAAUUCAUACUUAUUUUUAAAAAUGUCAGUGUUGCGAUCCAUUUACUUCUUUUUAAUUCAUACUUAUUUUUAAAAAUGUCAGUGUUUUGAUUCAUUUACAUAAUAAUAAUUUUUAAAAAAAAACAUAUUUUUUUUCUUCUCUUUUUAUCUUAAGGAAUGCUACUUAUAAGAUUAUAAUUCACAACAUACAAAUCGUCUUAUGAAACGUGUAAAUAUAUUAUGAUAAUUUGAACAAAAUCAUUAUCAGUUAACGUUGUUUACAGGUAUGUCUCUUGCUGAAACAAGGCGGCAGUGUUACUGGGGCUCCUUUGCUCACGCCCCAUAUCAUAUAAAAGAUAACUACUUUUUGAGUUAUCAAAAUGAGCAGAGUAUUAAGGACAAGGUAAUAAGACAAUCAUAUUUUUUUAUAGACUCGAUUGCACUAGAUCUAAUCAUACAAUGCUGGUCUUAUAGAAUGGAUAUGUUUUUAUCUUAUCAUAAAAUGCUGAUCAUUAAAGAAAACUUUUUAAAAAAAGUUUCCAAUAAUAAAAAAAAAAUCGGUCAAAUAAUACAAAUAUCAUUAUACGGUCCAUUCCCAUGGAAUGGUUUACGCUUCUGACAUAUUUGUUUCAAAAUAUUGACUAAGAGUUACAUUGUGAUCUAAGCCCUCUUUAGUUCUUAAUUACAAAUAAUGCGUAAUUUCGUGUUUUGCGUUGUACGCUGUAGAAGGCAUUCAGAUGAAACCUCCUUUAUUUCAGCUGAAUUUUCUUCAAGCUUCAACAAAUUAUGUUCCAUUAUUUAUUGACCUACUUCUACAAAAGUUAGCGGUCAUUUCAGUUUUCUAUCUUAGAUAUUUUUUUUUUGUAAAUAAUAAAUUUCGUUUCUAGCAAUCGGACAUGUUCGUGAUGACAAAAUCUUUUUCUGUAUCAAAGUUUUACAAUGGCUCCUCGCCUCGUCUCUUCGAUACACUAAUGAUAUAAAUCUGAUACGUUAUAUAUAAAUUAAUGAUAUAGGUCUGGUAAGUUAUAUUAAUUAUUUAUAUAGUUAUUAUACGUUAUAUAUAAAUUAAUUAUAUAGAUAUAAUACUAUAUAAAUAAAAUAAAACUGCAUACCGUGGUUACCCCGUAGUUAGAUUUUGCCUUCCAGAUGCGAAGCUCAGAGUUUCUGAUAGAGACCUACGAAGCAAUCUUUUUUUUUUAAAGUAAACCCCGCUUCACUCAUUCCCAGUGCUAUCCACUCCCCACUCUAUCAUAUUAUCAAAAUCAUGUUAUUUUUAGUUCAUUUGAAGCUUCGGUUACAUAGGACGAGUUGGAUGUAAAAAAAACCAAAAAAAUAUAUUUUUAAUUUUGUUUGAUUGCAUAUUCACUGAAAUUAUAUCUGACACUUUAAUUUGCGUUUAACUUACCCCUGCCGUCGAUAUAAAAACAACGAAAGUCUCUCGAAACCAUACAUUUUAUGAUAACCUUAUGAUGAAAUGUUAACAACUUGUGUUUCCUUGAAAUUGCCGCUUUCUACACCUAACUAUAUUACUGUUGUAAUGGGGACGCACCUCAGUAUUAUACAUUAUGCCAUUUACAUGUACGUUCAUGAUCAAAUCAAAUCCAAAAUCUAACACCACUUCUAAAAAAUAAUUUUUAAAUAAAAAAAUUAAAAAAAAAAAAAAUUGAUAUUUCUAGGUCCUUAAUAGGCUCUGAAGCUCUAGGAUUUUAGGUUCAUCCAGCACUAAUUGAAUUUUAAUCAGUGAUGGGGUAGACACACAUAAAAUUGAGAGAACCGAUGAACUCCAAGCGAAAUUGUGAGAAUGGGUUCUGAGAACUGGCUAAUUUUGCCCCUCUCUAGUAAAAUUAUGAUAUUUUGAAUUUAAGAGAUUCAUUUUGAAGCUUACCUGGAAUUAAAAUGUAUAUAAAUCUAAACGAAAUCGGAGGGAAGUCAAAGUUUUGGUCGUCUGAAAACAAAUAAACGGAGAUGUUUUAAAGUGACCAGAAUUUCUUUUUUUUUUUUUUUUUUCUAGAAAAAUUGAAUUUUUUUGUAAACUUAAGAUAUAUAUACAAUAUUUACGCUUAAUGUAAUGCUAUUUUUUUUUUAAAUCAGUCAAAAGUAAUAUCCUGUCAUCCCGAGACAACAACCUGUCAAAUGCAUAUCUAUAUUGACUACCUCUCUAUCUUUAGUCUGAUGGAUUUCAUCAUUACUAUUUUCUUUCCUUACCAAAUCUCUUUUAAACUUUUCUUAAUUAAACAAAAAUCAUGUAUGAAAUUUAGACAUAUAUUUUAAAAUAAGAAUGUCAACAAUAACAAUCGCUCACAAUCCAUGGCAAACAUAAUUCGAAGUUUCUUUUAAUCCUCAAAAUUGCUUAUACUUUCUUUGCCAUGGUUUCAAAUGAUGCCACUUAUAAAUGCCCAAAAGAUUAUCAGCCUCUUGGCAGGCUCUCCACCGCCUUUGCUACAUCAGUUCUAAUAUGACUUUGAAUAUAUUUACGGAUAAUUUACUAUUUUUACACAAACUGAUGAUUUUCCCUUUUUUUUAGACAUUGAUUUUCCAAAUUUUAGUACUUUAAGAAUUAGACCAUGAUAAUUUUACCUUUUUUAAGAAAGAAUUUUAAAAAAAUCUGAAAGGUAUUAUAUGAAAUUGUAAAGAUCGUAUUCAUUUUUAAAGGUUCUAUUUGUUCGUGAAAAUAACUACGGGGGCGUUAUCCUUCGGGAUCUGUUGGAAGAUGAUUACCUUGGGCUGAACUGCGGCAAUGGAACAUAUCCGUUGUUGAGAGCCAUGAAAAAGCAAUGCACAACAAGAGACUACUGAAAUACUGAAAUAAAAAUAUAAUGCAUCCCCCCAAUAUCUCUUAU